CCAAGAAUGGGUACGCUCGGGCUGAGGCGCGCUGGAGGAACAGAGACCAGACCCGGAGCCAACGGUUACGGUUGUUGGUGCGAGGGACCCCAGCGCUGCUCAUUUUCUCCCCUCUUCCCAUCCUCCCCUGGAGCGUUGGCCCACGUGAGCUCCGGUCCAGCGAGUGAGGAGGAAUGUGACCGGCAGAGAAAGCGGAUACAAAGUAAAUGAGAGCGGGGUCUGGGGAGAGCUCCUCCACCGAGACGAGGAGCAGGCUGGAGUGAGGAGGGGACUGUCCCUGGGAGCUCGGGCUGAAGCCAAGAGGCUAGACUGCAGAGAUGGUCGACUCCGCCAAGGUGUUACGGCUUUUUAAAACCUUGCACAGGACUAGACAGCAAGUUUUUAAAAACGAUACCAGAGCUCUAGAAGCGGCGAGAGAAAAGAUAAAUGAAGAAUUCAAAAAGAAUAAAAGUGAGACUUCACCGGAGGAAAUAGAAAAGUUGAUCAAGAUAGGUUCUGAUGUUGAAUUAAUACUUAGAAAAUCUGUUAUCCAGGGCAUUCACACAGAUCACAACACUUUGAAGUUGGUUCCUAGGAAAGACCUUCUUACAGAAAACAAUCCUUACUGUGACACACCCGCCCAGAAACCAUGAAUCUUCUUGGACAAAAGAUUUAGUGCAUAUUAAUUUUAAAGUUCUUUUCAGUAAAGUUACCGAAAAAUAACGACACCCUUUAUACUUGCAACCAGAAAAGCAACAGUUGGAAUGUGUAUCUUGAUUACAUGUUAUGCUGGAAGGGCAUCAUUGGGAAAAGCUAAUUGUACAACAGAAUUGGAAUGCUUGACUACAUUUUACAUUGGAAGGACAUCAUUUGGAAAAGCUCAUUGUGGUUGAAUGUUUCUGAAGAAUAUUUGAUAAGAUGGUUCAUUUUCAUAGGAAAUCAGCCCAUGUUUUUUCUAUAUAAGUUAUGCUGAGCUAUAUCGUACUGUGAAUUUGUUUUGAAUUUUUGUGAUUUUACCAUGUAUUAGUUGAGAAAAUGAAGUGUUUUAACAAAACUGACAUUUUCUGUUAAAUUCUGGCUUGAAUUGUAUGCUCCUCAAAGUGUUAAAUAUAAUCAGAAAUUUUAAGUGUUCCAGGACACAA